AUGGCUGCGCACACACCUCUGCCUCGCAACAUCCGCUGGGGCUUGACGACUCUCAGCGGCUCCCUGUUCACCAGCAACAAGACCUGGGACAGCGGAUCUGUCCAGAUCUACCAUCCAGCCCGUGAGGUGCUGGCCAGCCUGCCUCUCCAGAUGAUGCUGUACUUCAAUGUCUACUACUUCCCGUUCUGGUGCCUGGCUGAGGGGAUGAUGCUCCAAAUGAAGUACAGCCUGCUGCCCCGGUACUACCAGUUGCUCCUGGUUGCUGCCUUCCUCAUCCUCUCAUUGGUCGAGGGCUUCCGCCUCUACUUGGGCUACAUAGGGAACCUACAAGAGAAGGUGCCUGAACUUGCUGGGUUCCUUCUCCUCUCAUUCCUGAUCCAGCUCCCCCUGCUGCUUUUCCUGCUCAUGGACAAUAACAUCAUCCGGCUGCCCCUGGAGACAGCAGUCCACAUCCUUUACCUAGCAUUCCUGGCCUCUGAGAUCCCAGCAGCCUUCUUUGCCCUGAAGACAAUGACCAAGCAGCUUGCAACACAGUUUCACCUGCAGCAGUUCAAGGAUGGAGACAGGCCACGACACAUGAGGCAGAAAGGAACAGGAGGCCAAGGACAGAUGAUGCCCUAG